AUGUCUGUAAAACCAACCUGUCUACAGAAGGAACGUCCAUCUUGGUGGGCACGAAAAGCCGAAGUGGGGUGUAGACGUGGUAGUUCGUUUCUUUGUUUGUUUUCUAGCAAUCAUGGUCCAAGUUUGCGUUAUUGUCGGCUGCAACAACGGUGCCGGUCGUGGGGCCGUGAAACGGUCCAUUUUUUUUUAAUCCCGAAGGUCGUAAAACACCAAGGAGAAGCAGCUGAAGAACUGUCAGCAAAGCGACGCGACUUGUGGCUGGCGAGAAUUAAUCGCAAAGAUUUCAUCCCAUCCAAAGACGCCAGAGUUUGUUCCGACCACUUCAAAUCUGGUAAAUCUGCUGCCCUUUUUGAUCACUCAAAUCCUGACUGGGCUCCUUCUCUUAACCUGGGCUAUGACACGUCUGCAGAUUCAGCCAGAGAAAAUUCAUCAAAAAGGUUGAGGUCUGUUCGUGUACAGGGGAAGCGACAGAAGAAGAAUCAGUGCGAAGCCACCGCAGUGUUACCGGAACAGACUACAAAUGCCACUCCACCACAGCUUCCAGAACAAAGCUCAUCUCACUGCACCUUUUCAGUAACUGGAACAUUGGAGGGAGUUGCUGAUGAGGAAAAAGAUGGUGAUGGUGCCAGUUCUGAACUGCAAUUAGGCAACCAGAUGAGAGUAGAGUUUCAGGGAAUGAUGUCCAAAAUUAGAAACUUGGAAGACUCUCUAACUGCUGCAACAAUUACAGCACAGUCCUUUGAAAGUAACGUAGAGAAGGUUAAAUAUUACACAGGACUCCCUAGUUUUGCGACACUCUUGUCAGUUUUCACUUUAGUGGAACCAUUCAUUGCAGAAACAGUGAAGUGUCAGAUAACAAAAUUCCAGAAACUGAUUUUGACCCUGAUGAGGCUUCGUCUGAGUGCUCCACUCAAAGACUUGGCUUUCAGAUUUAACAUGUUCACGGCAGCAGCAUCUAGAAUUUUUUUUGCAGGUCAUCCAUGUUUUGUAUCAGAGGAUGAAAGGUCUUAUUUUAUGGCCUGACAGAAAUGAGCUUUGCUUAACUAUGCCCAUGGCAUUUAAAAAGCACCUUGGUUUGCGAGUUGCUAUGAUUAUCGACUGCUUUGAGAUCUUCAUUGAACGACCCUCAAGUUUGCUUGCUA